AUGGAGGAAAUAGUAUUCAGCCAAGUGGAACGGCAACUAGCUGCAGAACAGCAGCUUAAAUAUCAAGGUACUGCUCGGGUCGAAUUAAGCCAGAUAUCGAUCGAUUCGUUGGGAGACCAAGAAAUCGACCAAAAAAACGUGGAGCGACUUAGUCAGAUCUUCCUCAAAAAUGGUUGCCGAAGACUGCGCAUACGGAACCACGUGACAGCUAUCAUCCCCAAACAUUGCCUCGACAGAGCGUGUCGAGCCGCCAGCGUGACCUCCGAUCAACUGAAAUCUUCUCGACAAAACCCCCCUCUCCUUGCCUUUCCAAAUCUGAGGUUACAAUGUAUUCAUGGUAAACACCGACUGAAAGCCGCGGCGGAGACUCUACCACCCUCAGACCGGUGGUGGACUGUUGACCUUUACCUAGACGAUAUCAGCUUGGAAUUGCGCAACGCCCUGGCUGACGAAUAUGGAGAUGAAAAGCAUCCCUCCGACGGGGAGAUAUAUCGGAAAUACCGCUACUACCAACGGGAAAAUAAUGCUCUAUCUCAAGAACGCUGGCUGUUGCGUCUUUCGGAAAACAAGGCUAGCCGGAUCAAGCAGCUAAACUCUACGAAGAACAGCCAUCUAUGCGCUGCCCUUAACAAACUACUUGCAAUACCAGGUCUUUGGAAUGGCUUGAGUCUCGGAAGUAUGAACAGUGUCAUGGCUUUGAAAUGUGAUGAGGAAAUCAUUCACUAUCUAACACACAUCAAAAGCUUUUGGGCAGCACUCGUCGAUCACGACAGCGAUAAAAUGUCACGUAUAGAUACUCACACGGUUGAGACACUGCAGUUGUACGCCCCACGAGCGUCUGAUGUUGAUCAGAAGAUCGUGGAAGGUAGAAUUCUAAGUGGCGAGGUCUUCUCCAACUUCAGUCGCUCGGAGCGUGCUGCUAUCUUAGAGAAUCUUCAGAUGAAUGAAGACUGCGAAGGUGUGAUACCAUCUUUAACCACAUUUUUCCACGACAUCAAUUACCUCAAACUAUGUGCCGACGGCGUGGAACGGCUAGUUGAACUGAAUGGCAAAUAUCCAACAGUUCGAAGUGCAUUGAUUAACAGUUUCCAGCCUCAAUCAACGGGAGACGAAUACCUUAUUCAGACGUCCGAGAAUAAUUUUCGUCGGCAGUCAGGGCCAAAAGAAGAACGGUUAAUGUUUGGAUAUCGACAAUUAUGGAUGUACGCAAUGCGACAUUACCCCAAUAUGCCUCGGGAGAUACGAUGCGACCAAAAGUCUAGAACAGCACAGGCUAAAGGGCGAGCGAAGGCGGACGACCAUGUCAUUUUUAACAUGGCUGUCCUCGCACGCAAGCUGGGCUUUCGUAGUCCGCAGAUCAUGGCUAUCUUGAAAGAGUCACCCGACUUGAAAAUUGCGUUAGACGCUCUCCUUAGAGCUCGAAAGUCGACCAAUUACACAUAUGGCGAUGAGAAUCUGCGAACUCUUAGCAAGCAAAUCGUACGUUGCUUUGCACGUGCUGUUCCAAUAGAGACACCGCCAGCGCUGUCACGUACUGGACAAGCGAUCGCACUGAGGGAACGUUGUGGAGCGCCCCCAGCGGAUAUUCAGCCGUUGGAAUGCUCAGGCAUUUUCUUAGAUCAACUUCAUUCGCCAGUCGUCAAACAAAGGAUUCUCUCGUCCAUGGAAGUACGAAGGUCUGUGUACUAUGCCUUUUUCGGCAAGCCUCCCCACGUUAUUCGCUAUUUCGUGACCGCCCGCCAGUGUCGGGUACAGGUGAAGAACGAAACCAGAGACAGUCGGAGAGGCACAGUAGACGGCCUGAACAACAACAUCAGCAGCAGCAAAGGAUGUUGA